AUGAGGGUGUGUGCGUGGUGCGCCGUGCUGCUGGCCGUGCUGUGUGGCGGCCCUCAGCACGCCUCAGCAGCCUCCGUCAUGCUCAAUAGUAGACAGCAACAGCAGAAUGGAGAGCAAACAGCAAGGGAGACAGUGAUUUCCUUACGGGAGAACCACGAAGGAUUGAGAUCGAGGAAGGGUGACAAGGACUUCGCAGCACAGUUCUCCUCAUCUUCUUCUGAUACCCUUUCGAAGUACCAUGACGAGGAGGAUGAAGAUAAGUUCGUAAGGCCAAGGAAGAAGCAUAUUGAAGAAGGUCUGAGUUUGAGGAAGAGUGACAAGGACUUCGCAGCACAGUCCUCCUCUGCUUCUUCUGAUACCCUUUCGAAGUACCAUGACGAGGAGGAUGAAGGCGUGAAGUUCGUAAGGAAGAAUCAUACUGAAGAAGGUCUGAGUUCGAGGAAGAGUGACAAGGACUUCGCAGCACAGUUCUCCUCAUCUUCUUCUGACACCCUUUCGAAGUACCGUGAGGAAGAGGAUGAAGGUAUGAAGUUCGUAAGGACAAGAAAGAAAGAUACUGAAGAAGGAAUGAGUUCAAAGAAGGGAGACAAGAAGGGCUUCCUAGCUUCUCAUUCCUUCUCUUCGUCUCCUGAAACCCUGACGAAGUACACUGACGAAGAGGAUAAAGUAAAGGUCGUGAGCUCAAGAAAGGAUUAUGGUGGUGACGAUGUAGACCAAGAGACGAGGGAGCGAGAGAAGGAGGACUCUACAGCAAUCAAGUCCUUCUCUUCGUCUCGUAAACCCCUGAAGAAAGACCGAGCAGAAGACGAUGACAAAGUAAAGGUCGUGAGGUCAAGGAAGGAUUAUGGUGGUGACGAUAUAGACCAAGAGACGAGGGAGCGAGAGAAGGAGGACUCUAUAGCAAUCAAGUCCUUCUCUUCGUCUCGUAAACCCCUGAAGAAAGACCAAGAAGAUGAUGACAAAGGAAAGGUCGUGAGCUCAAGCAAGGAUGAUAGUGAUGUUGAAGGCCAAGAGACGAUAUCCCCGUGGCUGUCUCUGUCGUUCUUUAAGCCUCUGAAGGACAUAGCGGACAUGGUUGGACUCCUCUCAGUACCGUCCAAGGCGCCGAAGAAGAGUUACGUGACGAAGGAGGUUGUUCUUGAAGACUCCGAGACCAAAGACAAAGAAGAAAACAAGAAGCAAAACGGAGCACUGGGCCAAAGGAAGAGAGGACAAGAAGAAAAUCCGAAACCAAGAACCACGGAGAUGGACUUUGAGGACGCUGGAAAGGAGAGCAAAGAAGACAACAAAGAGGAAAACCAGGAAACACUGUGGUUCGCGUGGGCUGUCUUCUCCGGUUUCCUCUUCAGCCCCGGCGAUUUCCUCAACAGCUUCGGGACCGGGGCUGGAGACGGCGGCGGCGGCGGGGGGGGAAGCAGUGGUGUUAGCUCCUCGUCCUCGUCGGUAGCAUCCGUAGCCUCGCCCGUGUUUGUGUCCCUCGGCCAGCCCGCCAGACCCUCCAUAACAGUGGGGACGAGGCGGGCAUUGAAGGGCCAACCGUGGGAGUGUUGCCUGACGGAGCAGCUGGUGAUCCUGCAGCCGGUGAUCCUGCAGCUGGUGAUCCUGCAGCUGGUGAUCCUGCAGCUGGUGAUCCUGCAGCUGGUGAUCCUGCAGCUGGUGAUCCUGCAGCUGGUGAUCCUGCAGCUGGUGAUCCUGCAGCUGGUGAUCCUGCAGCUGGUGAUCCUGCAGCUGGUGAUCCUGCAGCUGGUGAUCCUGCAGCUGGUGAUCCUGCAGCUGGUGAUCCUGCAGCUGGUGAUCCUGCAGCUGGUGAUCCUGCAGCUGGUGAUCCUGCAGCUGGUGAUCCUGCAGCUGGUGAUCCUGCAGCUGGUGAUCCUGCAGCUGGUGAUCCUGCAGCUGGAGAUCCUGCAGCUGGUGAUCCUGCAGCUGGUGAUCCUGCAGCUGGUGAUCCUGCAGCUGGAGAUCCUGCAGCUGGUGAUCCUGCAGCUGGUGAUCCUGCAGCUGGUGAUCCUGCAGCUGGAGAUCCUGCAGCUGGUGAUCCUGCAGCUGGUGAUCCUGCAGCUGGUGAUCCUGCAGCUGGUGAUCCUGCAGCUGGUGAUCCUGCAGCUGGAGAUCCUGCAGCUGGUGAUCCUGCAGCUGGAGAUCCUGCAGCUGGUGAUCCUGCAGCUGGAGAUCCUGCAGCUGGUGAUCCUGCAGCUGGAGAUCCUGCAGCUGGUGAUCCUGCAGCUGGUGAUCCUGCAGCUGGAGAUCCUGCAGCUGGUGAUCCUGCAGCUGGAGAUCCUGCAGCUGGUGAUCCUGCAGCUGGAGAUCCUGCAGCUGGUGAUCCUGCAGCUGGAGAUCCUGCAGCUGGAGAUCCUGCAGCUGGUGAUCCUGCAGCUGGAGAUCCUGCAGCUGGAGAUCCUGCAGCUGGAGAUCCUGCAGCUGGAGAUCCUGCAGCUGGUGAUCCUGCAGCUGGAGAUCCUGCAGCUGGUGAUCCUGCAGCUGGAGAUCCUGCAUCUGGAGAUCCUGCAGCUGGAGAUCCUACAGCUGGUGAUCCUGCAGCUGGAGAUCCUGCAGCUGGAGAUCCUGCAGCUGGUGAUCCUGCAGCUGGUGAUCCUGCAGCUGGAGAUCCUGCAGCUGGUGAUCCUGCAGCUGGAGAUCCUGCAGCUGGUGAUCCUGCAGCUGGAGAUCCUGCAGCUGGAGAUCCUGCAGCUGGUGAUCCUACAGCUGGUGAUCCUGCAGCUGGUGAUCCUACAGCUGGUGAUCCUGCAGCUGGUGAUCCUACAGCUGGUGAUCCUGCAGCUGGUGAUCCUACAGCUGGUGAUCCUGCAGCUGGUGAUCCUACAGCUGGUGAUCCUGCAGCUGGUGAUCCUAACGCUGCCGCCACUCCGGCCUUCGCCUCGCUGCGCCCCUCGUCCACGCUGGGCACCACGGAGGAGGCGCUGCUGGCCCUGGACGAGGCGGUGCUGCAGGUGCUGGCCAACAUAUCCUCGUCCCUCAACACCACCGCGACAUCACCGGACGGUCAGAACACUGCGCCCUUCGUGCCGCCUCUCCCCGUGCCUUCAGAAGCCCUCUCGACCAGCUCCUCCCUCGCGCCGAGCUACUCAGUCCUCCACGCGUGCCUUGUGCUGGGCGGCGAUGUGCCCUCCUGUGUCGCCCAAGCCUCCGCGUACGGCCCACUGCUGCGGAACCAAACCCAGGCAUCCAUACCCCGCCCCACUGCAGAGGACGUGACCCCAGCAGACAUUGAGGACAUUCUUAAAAUCCAUCCCUUCGCGCAGAUCAUCCAGGAGCUUCAAGGAGACGAUGGGGUUGAGGCUGUGAUCGACAAGACACCGCUGAGUGAGAACGAUAAGGUUAUUCUCG